AUGUCAUUAAGCAAAACCAUAGUUACUGAAGGAAACGGAGAAAGUCCACCAUCUGGCUCUACUGUCUACGUUCACUACAUCGGAACCCUCAAUGAUGGUACAAAGUUCGACUCCUCAAGAGACAGAGGAGAGAAGUUCUCAUUUGUACUCGGUGCAGGACAAGUUAUCAAAGGAUGGGAUGAAGGAGUAGCCUCAAUGACUAAAGGUGAGAGAGCAACUCUCGUCUGUCCUCCAGAUUACGCUUACGGUGCUUCCGGAAUCCCAGGAGUCAUUCCACCAUCAGCUACCCUCAACUUCGAUGUUGAACUCUUCGACUGGGCAUAA